AGGAGCAGUGGGGUGCAGGAGGUCUCUAGAUGUGGGUCGAGAAAUGAGUCCAUGCCUUUGGUGUUUGCCUGUCAACAGCUACUGAGACUGACGCAAGCUAGCGGAGGCAGGGGGACUGGCACAGAGCAGAACAAGCCUUUCGGCAGACAAUUGCAAACAGGAAGCAAGGAAGGAAAGGGUCUUUCACCCGGAGGAAGACUGGCAAACUCAUUGGGAUUGUGACAAGACAGCCACACAGUAGCUCCAGAGACCACCCAUUACGAUAAGGACACAAUAAGAAGGGCCACCGAAGAUCAGAAGAUGAACAACACCCUGUCAAACACUUCCGUCAAGUGUGUUCGGGACACCAGUGUGACAGCUGUGGUUUUCCCCUGUCUCUACACCAUCCUCUUUAUAGUCGCCAUGAUACUGAAUUUCCUGGCUGCAUGGAUCUUCUUCAACAUCCCCAGCACCUCAACAUUUGUGGUCUUUCUAAAAAAUGUGGUGGUGGCUGACUUGCUGAUGACCCUGACCAUCCCUCUGAGAGUCUUAAGUGAUGCAAAUGUGGGUUCCUGGCCACUACGCGCCUUCCACUGCCGAUACUCUGCGGUUCUCUUCUACAUAACCAUGUACAUCAGCAUCCUCUUGCUGGGCCUCAUCAGCCUGGACCGCUACCUGAAGAUAGUCAGGCCAUUUGGGAAGUGUGUGCUGCAGCGGGUUCGUGUUGGUCAGGUGUUGAGUACAGCUGUCUGGGUGGUAAUGUUAUCUUUAGCAUUACCCAAUGUUAUUUUAAGUGACCAGCAACCACGGGUCUCUGGAGGCAGAAUGAAGUGCACCUCCAUGAAGAGCAAAGCUGGCCUGCUCUGGCAUGAAGGAUUCAACUACUUCUGUCAGGUGGUUUUCUGGGGCACACUGGGCUUGAUGGUGGUUUGCUACACGUUCAUCAGCAAGAAGGUUUUUGAGUCAUACAAAGCAUCAAAGAGCAGAUCUAAAGCAGCCAGUCGCAGAACCAAGGCAAAGGUGUUCGUGGUAGUGGGGGUGUUUUUCAUCUGCUUUGCCCCCUUUCACUUUGCCCGCAUUCCCUACACUCUGACCCAAACCCGCAGCACAGCGAGUCAUUGUCAGACACAGAACGCACUCUACAUUGCCAAGGAAACCACCCUGUGGCUGUCGGCCACUAAUAUAUGUCUGGACCCGCUUAUCUAUGUGUUCCUGUGUAAGAUGUUUAGGAAAAGACUGACAGCCACACUCUGCCGUAAGCCACUCCACAUAGGUGCCAUGGAGUCUCCCACAGCAACAUCAACUCAGCUGGAGAUGUCACAGAUAGCCCAAAGUAACAGACUAUCAUACAAUGGGAUGCCACAGUAACACACUGGACAAUGUACAAUGGGACACAAUUAAUAACUGUAACUGUCAAGGAUGAGACACUGCCUGGAAGAAUUAUUUUACUUGUAAAUAGCAUUUUAUCUUGAUUACACAGGUUGUAAAAUGAAUGCAGUAUGAUCAAAAUCUGUCAAAUGGACAAUGUUCUGUAACAGAAAAGAGUCAAAUGUGUCUGGAGGUGGUCGUGAAGUUUCAUGUCAACAAUUUGACCUUUUUUGAUACAGUACUAACCAAGCAUUUCUGCCCCAUGUUUGCUAAAUCAUCCAACACAUUUCCUUAAUUGUGCUACUGUCAUUUUCUACUUCCUUCUUUCUAAUCUCGUUCAAACUGCGCUUUCCCUUCACAAAACUUUGGCUAAAGGGUAAACAUCUUGACAGCACAUAUUCUCCAAUGGUUACACCACACACACAAUGUGACCAGGGACUGAAUGAUAACGAAAUGAGCUGGGAAAAAAGGACUGCAAUAGACACUGCUUACAGCUAUAACUUAUGUGCAGUAUAAAUAACAAUAAUAAUAAUAAAAUGAAUAUUUUUCAUACUAUAA